AUGAAAGAGUUGCAAUGCGUUCCAGACGUCGCCGUAUUGAGCUAUGCGGAAUUGUGUAUCCACCCAGACUUGAACCUUCCUGAAGGGUUCAAAAUCCCGAAGUUUGAUACCUUCGGAGGGGUAGGCAACCCCAUGGCGCAUUUAAGAGCGUACUGCGACCAACUCGUGGGAGUUGGCAAAGAUGAAGCUUUACUGAUGAGGUUAUUCAGCCGGAGUCUGUGCGGUGAGGCCCUGGAAUGGUUUACGUCAUACGAAACUCGACAAUGGCCCAGUUGGAGCGCACUAGCUAAAGAUUUCAUUGAUAGAUUUGCGUACAAUGUCGAGAUAGUCCCUGAUCGAUAUUCCUUAGAGAAAAUGAAGCAGAAAUCGACAGAAAGCUAUCGGGAAUUUGCCUACAGAUGGAGAAAAGAGGCAGCGAGGGUGAGGCCUCCGAUGACUGAAAAGGAGAUUGUAGAAGUGUUCGUACGGGUGCAGGAGCCCGAAUAUUACGACAGAAUCAUUUUGUUAAUCGGAGCCAAAUUCGCCGAGAUAGUCAAAGUUGGUGAGACUAUCGAAGACGGCCUGAAGUCGGGGAAGAUAGCCCGAGUAUCCGCAUCGCCUGGAUCUUCUGGACUGAUGAGGAAGAAGAGAGAGGAGGUUGCCUCUAUUUCAUACGGGGGAAGAAAAGUCCCCAGGAACUCAUCGCGUCCUCAAGACCGCUCCAAGCCUCCACCAAAGUCUCACCAAGCCUAUCGUCCACAAUCCAAUCAUUCCGGCAACUACAAUGCUACCCCCACUUAUCCAGAUGCCCAAAUUUUGUCAUACCAAAAUCCACCCAAAAUCUCCAAAACUUUCCCUCCAUGUACCCAAAUUACCCCCAAUCUUAUCAAAUUCCACCCCUUACCAGAAUAUAGCUCCCAGCUAACCCAAGCUCCUCGCCCAAAUGCUCGCAAUUAUCAACAGGUUCCUCCCCCUCAGCAGAGCGGGUAUGAUCCUUCUCUUCCCAGGUUUGAGAAGAGGCCCUCGAGAAACUUUACCGCGCUGGCUGAAAGCCGGACCAAGUUGUUCGAAAGAUUAUCCGCGGCCGGAUACAUCCACCAUGUGGGGCCCAAGCCCGUGGAUGUCAACUCCAAAUUCUACAAGCCGGAACAGAGAUGUGCUUAUCAUUCCAAUAGCGUUGGACAUGACACAGAAGACUGUAUCAAUCUUAAGCACAAGAUCCAGGAUCUGAUCGACCAGGAAGUGGUCUCCCUCCAGCCUGCGGCGCCGAACGUCAAUACAAAUCCGCUGCCGAAUCACGGGGGUGGAAAUGUCAACAUGAUAGAAACGGACGAAGACGAGUGUGAAGUCAAGAGGAUCACCCCUGUUGCACAAGAAGACUUGGAAAAGGCUGUCGCUUCUUUAAGCGUCAAGGAAAAAGGAGAGUUCGUUAUUCUGACGCCUGCGAAGGCUGUUGCCUUGGUGCCCUCAAAAACUCUCGCCAAACCCAAGUUUGUCAUAGAAACGGCCGUGGCCCAAGGCAUGACUAGAUCUGGCAGAUGCUACACUCCUGAUGAGCUCGCUCUCGGAGGACAAAAGAAAGAUCAUGCCAAGAGACCAAUAAGUGAAGCAGAAGCCGAGGAGUUCUGGAGGAGGAUGCAGCCUAAAGAUUACUCCAUUGUCAAACACUUGGAGAAGACUCCGGCCCAGAUUUCUGUGUGGGCCCUACUGAUGAGCUCCUGGUCCCACAGGCAGGCUCUGAUGAAAGCUCUGGAUGAAACGUAUGUGCCCUCAAGUACAAGCAGCGAUAACGUAGCUGCCAUGAUUCACCAAGUCAUUCGGGGACACCGCAUCAGCUUCUGCGAUGAUAAAUUACCAGCCGAAGGGAGAUCCCAUAACAAAGCUCUACAGGUCACUGUGAUAUGCCGCGGAAAGGUCGUCAAUCGUGUUUUGGUAGACAAUGGAUCUGGUUUGAACAUAUGCCCCUUUUCCACAUUGAAACAGCUGAGGUUUGACCUCGGAAAAUUGGAGCAAAACCAGGUUAAUGUAAGAGCAUUUGAUGGUGUGCAAAGAGUCACAUUAGGGGCGGUGAACCUGACCCUCCAAAUGGGCCCCGCGGAGUUCGACGCGAAGUUCCAAGUGUUGGAUAUCGACACCAGCUAUAACCUUCUUUUGGGAAGGCCAUUCAUUCACAUGGCUGGAGCUGUCCCCUCCACUCUCCACCAAAUGAUGAAGCUGGUAUGGAAAAAUGAGGAGCUAGUUAUUCACGGUGAAAGAAACCACUCAGGCAAGCAGGUGCCAUUCUUCGACGAGAUGCCGCAAGGUUCGGAUUUUUACACGGUGGAGUUGGUAAAUGCCACCGAUGAGGAUUUGGCCCCGCAGACUCCCAUGCCAGCUGUGUAUAAAAUGAUCGCCACGGUAAUGCUGCAGAAUGGGUUUGAGCCAGGUUUCGGAUUGGGAAGAAAUUCCCAAGGGAUCAUCGAACCUGAUCCGGUCCUUGCUAAAGGAUUCAAAUAUGGUUUGGGGCAUACCCCCAUAGAUGACGAUAUGAAGACGAAGAAGAAAAAGGAUCAAGAGUUGGCUAAACCGAUCCCGCAUCUGUAUCAAUCCUUUCCAGUCCGUGAGUAUGCUGAGCCUGAAGACUGCGGGGAAGGAAUCUGUGACCUUUUCAAGGAGAUCAAUGCUAUCAUCGAGGAGGAGGUCGAGCCAGCUGGCAUUCGUGAUGCUGAACCCGGGGAGAUGCUAUCAUCGUGGACUUUCACGCCAAUCCUGAUGUCCCAAACUCUUUGUAACAUAAGUUACAGGCCUGCCAAUGUCAUGUCAUGUCAUGAGCUAAAUGAACCAAAUGAGACAGAUGACGACAAGGUUGACGACUAUGAGGAAGAAAAUGGGGAACCAGAUUAUGUUGCAGAAGAAUUUCGACAGUUCGAGAAUCAGCAUAAACCGAAUCUGGAGGAGACGGAAACGGUGAAUUUGGGAGAUUCAGAAUGUGUCAAAGAGGUUAAGAUCAGCACCUACCUGAAUGGAACUCAUAAGGAGAGCCUGAUUCAUUUGCUUGCCGAAUACAGUGAUGUGUUUGUUUGGGAAGUCGGUGAUAUGCAGGGUUUGAGUACUGAUGUCGUAUCUCAUAAGCUACCUAUCAACCCAGGGUUCGAGCCGGUGAAACAAAAGACUCGAAAAUUCAAGCCUGAACUGAGUUCAAAGAUUAAGGAAGAAAUCACCAAGCAAAUAGAGUCUCGAUUGGUGGAAGUAACGCAAUAUCCAACCUGGUUGGCCAAUGUCGUUCCGGUCGCCAAGAAGGAUGGCAAAAUCAGGAUUUGUGUUGAUUAUAGAGACCUCAACAAGGCUAGUCCGAAGGAUAAUUUUCCGUUGCCAAAUAUCCAUAUUUUGAUUGACAAUUGUGCCAAACAUGAGAUGCAGUCAUUUGUGGAUUGUUACGCCGGUUAUCACCAAAUUUUAAUGGAUGAAGAAGACGCACAAAAAACGGCCUUCAUUACACCUUGGGGUGUACAUCACUACAGGGUGAUGCCGUUCGGCCUCAAGAACGCCAGUGCCACUUACAUGAGAGCCAUGAAGACUAUCUUUCAUGACAUGAUUCAUAAGGAAAUUGAAGUGUACGUGGACGACGUCAUAAUCAAAUCCCGCGAGAGUUCGGAUCAUUUGACACACCUGAGAAAAUUCUUUGAACGUUUGCGUCGGUACAACUUGAAGCUAAAUCCCGCCAAAUGCGCUUUUGGAGUCCCAUCUGGGAAGUUGUUGGGGUUUAUAGUCAGCAGAAGGGGUAUUGAGCUUGACCCCUCCAAGAUUAAAGCAAUUCAAGAGUUACCUCCGCCAAAAACGAGAAAAGAGGUGAUGAGUUUCUUAGGGAGGUUAAACUAUAUCAGUCGGUUUAUAGCACAAUCAACAAUGGUGUGUGAGCCUAUUUUUAAGUUGUUGAAGAAAGACGCCCCGACUAAGUGGACUGAGGAGUGACAAACUGCUUUCGACGCUAUCAAGAACUAUUUGUCUAACCCACCAGUAUUGGUUCCUCCACGAGAAGGGAGUCCUUUGUUGCUGUAUUUGUCUGUCUCAGAUAGUGCCUUUGGAUGUGUACUUGGGCAAAACGACGAGACAGGAAAGAAGGAAAAGGCUAUCUACUACAUAAGCAAGAAAUUUACUCCGUACGAAUCUCGCUACACUUUGCUGGAGAGAACAUGUUGUGCUCUGACGUGGCUCGCCCAGAAAUUGAGGCACUACUUGUCUUCAUAUACUACAUAUCUCAUUUCCAGAAUGGAUCCAUUGAAGUACAUUUUCCAGAAAGCGAUGCCGACUGGAAAGUUAGCUAAAUGGCAAAUGCUGUUGAGUGAGUUCGAUAUUGUGUAUGUGACUCAGAAGGCAAUAAAAGCACAAGCUUUGGCAGAUCAUCUUGCAGAAAAUCCCGUUGACGAAGAAUAUGAACCACUCAAGACGUAUUUUCACGAUGAAGAAGUGUCAUUCGUGGGUGAAGAUAUAUCUGAAGCGUAUCCAGGUUGGAGAUUAUUCUUUGACGGAGCGGCGAAUCACCAAGGUAAAGGUAUUGGAGCAGUCCUAGUAUCGGAAUCUGGACAGCACCAUCCUAUGGCAGCUAAACUACAAUUCAAUUGCACAAACAACAUGGCUGAAUACGAAGCUUGUAUUCUUGGUUUAACAAUGGCCAUCGACAUGAACGUCUACGAGUUAUUGGUUAUUGGAGAUUCAGACCUCUUGAUUCAUCAGGUUCAAGGUGAAUGGGCUGUGAAGAACCCGAAAAUUAUACCUUACGUACAGUAUGUGCAAAAUCUGCGUAAAAGGUUUCGCAAGAUCGAGUUCAGACAUACUCCCAGAAUACAGAAUGAAUUAGCCGACGCUCUUGCCACCAUCGCUUCGAUGAUCAAACAUCCGGAUACUGAUUACAUUGACCCGCUGGAUAUAGAGUUGAAGGAACACCCGGUCCAUUGUUCACACGUUGAAUCAGAACCAGACGAAGACGCUACGUCUAAUCAGAAGAAGUCGAUACGUCGUAUGGCUCUCAAUUUCUUUCUAAAUGGAGAAGUCCUGUAUAGGAGGACUCCGGAUUUGGGUCUUUUAAGAUGCAUGGAUGCUGCUGAAGCUGUGAGGCUUAUUGAACAGAUACAUGCUGCAGUUUGCGGUACACACAUGAACGGGCUUACUUUGGCAAGAAAGGUUCUUCGAGCUGGUUAUUUCUGGAUGACUAUGGAGAAUGACUGUUGCAAAUUCGUGCAAAAAUGCCACAAAUGUCAAGUGCACGGCGAUUUGAUACGGGUGCCACCUCACGAACUUAACGCUAUGAGUUCACCUUGGCCAUUUGUAGCUUGGGGAAUGGAUGUCAUCGGUCCUAUAGAGCCGGCCGCUUCCAAUGGACACAGAUUCAUUUUGGUUGCCAUUGAUUAUUUCACCAAGUGGGUGGAAGCAGCCUCUUACAAGUCGGUAACCAAGAAAGUGGUGGCCGAUUUUGUCCGCAACAAUCUGAUAUGCAGAUUUGGAGUUCCAGAAUCCAUCAUUACUGAUAACGCUGCAAAUCUCAACAGUCAUUUGAUGAAAGAGAUAUGUGAACAAUUUAAGAUUAUUCAUCGAAAGUCAACUACUUAUCGCCCCCAAAUGAACGGAGCUGUAGAGGCCGCCAACAAGAAUAUCAAAAAGAUUUUGAGGAAAAUGAUUGACAAACAGAGAGGUUGGUAUGAAAUGUUGCCAUAUGCUCUACUGGGUUAUCGAACGACGGUCAGAACAUCGACUGGGGCCACUCCAUACUUGCUAGUAUAUGGAACAGAGGCAGUCGUGCCUGUUGAAGUCGAGAUACCGUCAUUGAGGAUCAUCCAAGAAGCUGAAUUAAGUAACGCCGAAUGGGUUAAUAAACGGAUUGAUCAACUAGCUUUGAUUGAUGAGAAAAGAAUGGUCGCCGUUUGCCAUGGCCAGUUGUAUAGACAGAGAAUGACUCGCGCUUUUCACAAAAAAGUAAGAGCCAGAAAUUUUGAAGUUGGUCAGUUGGUUCUUAAGCGUAUUUUUCCUCAUCAAGACGAGUACAAAGGAAAGUUCGCGCCAAACUGGCAGGGUCCUUACAUGGUUCAUAAAGUAUUAUCUGGAGGUGCUUUGGUCCUGUCAGAAAUGGACGGCGCUGUAUGGCCCAAGCCUAUCAACUCAGAUGCUGUCAAGAGAUACUAUGCGUGA